CCCUCCUCUCUCUCUCUCUCUCUCUCUCUCUCUCUCUCUCUGUGAAUAAUUCAACCUCUCACUCUCUAGAAAUGAUGAAUUCUGGGUGUGUUGCUGGCUGCCUGGAUGCCGAUACACCGGUAAGGCCCACGUACGUGAAUCUGUACAAGUGGCCGGAAUCCGAUGCUGAGUUUGUGAGAUCAAUGGCCAGUGGCAAACUGCAGCAGCAGCAGAGGGUGGUCGAUAGCUACUCGUGCCGGCAGAUGUACCUAAGGAGCUAUACAUUCUGCAGGAAGGAGAGUGUACAACAGAAGACCAAGAAGUGCUUCGGGAGGGUGAAGAGUAGGGUUGUUUGUCGAAGGCAGAGGAAGAGGAGGAGGAGCGAGAAGAAGACAAUGACAGAGAAAAUCACAUCGAUCUCGUGCGCCGCCUUCUUCUCCAUCUUCCACAGGCUCCUGGCUUGCACUGCCACAGUAGAUGUUGUGGACCACCUGUGAUUAGGCUCUGGAGAACCACAGGAAAUCUUUCUCUUUGCUCUCUGUUUCACUUUUGUUUAUCAAAUUUUCUUAUUUAUGCUCUAACAGUGGAAAAUGGUUUGGUGGGUUUUUUUUUU